UGAAAAGUAGAACAUGACGUAAACAAAAUAUAAAAUGUCUUGUGUACAUGGCCAAUGAUGACCAUUAUCUAUUUACAAUAGUUAGAAACAAAGCAAGUUAUUUUAUAAUUUGGUCACUACGUCAAUAAUAACUAACUGUGGUAUGAAACCCUAUUUGUUUAUAAGUUACAGUGACAUAUCUACGUAGCAAGCAAGAUAUAAAACCAAUGUAGCAGUAAUAAUGGACAAAGAAGACGCAUUGUUAGGAAUGGAGAUGGGACAGUUGGAAAUUGAACCUUUAAAAAUAAAUAAGAUUAGAAAUAAUGAAAAUCCGUUUACAACUCCUUUACUAAAGAGAAACUAUCUGGAAGUUCCUCUUACAUUUGUUCCUAAUGAAUCCAGAUGCUCUUGUUCCAGUAAAAAGAAACUAAAAUCUGGAAUUUUAAAAAAGAAGCAUAAUAAAAUUCUUAAAGAACCAGUACUAAACAUAUUAAAAAAAAGUAGUAAUGCUGUCAAAUUAGAAAGUAUUGAUAGCUGUGAAGAAUCAACAAGUAGAAGUUUGUCAGAUAUUGAGGGUUGUGACCCAUUAAGUUUGUGCACACUUGUUGAUAACUGCAAUCAGUUAAGAAUAUCAUCUAGUGAUAAUAAAUUAAAUUUAGUAGCUAAUGAAUGCAGUGGUCGUAGAUGGUGGAAGCAUAAUGUACCAAGUGCACAGGAAUGUAAGGAGCCAAAACAACAGAGUAGUAGAUCAGGCAGCUGUUCCCAGCAGGCUCUCAAUCCCCCCUGUGAUGUCACUAUUGAUGAACUAGCAAGCUAUUUUGAAACAUUGGUGCAUAUACCAAAAAAAAUGUCCUCUAUGGCUGAAAUGAUGUACAUUUAAUUCACAUAAAUGAACCAAACAUAAGGACCUCAUACUAAGUGCAAAGUUAAAGUAAUAUUGAAAGAAUUUGUCAGUUGGAACUGGGGCAGGACCUGUUGACUGAAUCUAUUUACAAUUUAAUAUUUUUAUGACAGACAUAGUUUUUCACUGCCAUGCAAUAAACCUAUUUUACACUUUCACUUCAAAUCAAUAUUAUGAUAAAACUCUUGAUGUGUAGAAUGUUAAUUCCAUAACUUUCAGCAAUUUCUAACAUCCAUUUGUUUACUACUCCUUGGUUUUAAUCCUAGUUUUAUCUAUAUCAUUUAUUUUGUUGUACUGUAAGUGAUAAAUAUCAAAAACUAUUUUAAGAUGGAAAAUAUUGUGAAAAAUACAGUAAAUGAUGAUUGAA